AUGUCGCAGUCGCCGUUCCGGGCGGACCGCCUCCCGCCCCUCUUCCUCGCCGAGCACCCGAAAAUCGUCGAGAUUCUGCUCUCGGCGGGCGCCAACCACCUCGCCGUGCCCGAUCCAGGAUAUGUCAACUGCAUCACCGCCCUCGAGCUCGCAUACCUCCGAGAGAACUACGCGGUCUGCGCCGUGCUGGAAGACUGGGGCAGCGACGUUGCGCUCACACCCAUGCACUCGGCGGCCGCGACCGGCAACAUGACCAAGUUGCAGCAGUUUCUCAAGAUGCAAGUGGACCCGAAUUGCUUGGGCGAACACGGCUACAUUGGCGUGAAAUGCCGCACGCCGUUGCACUGGGCAGCGAUCAACGGCCAGUGGUCGUGCGCUUCGCUGCUGCUGGCGGGCGGCGCCGACCCGGACUUCCAAGACGACCUCGGCCGCUCGCCACUGCAUUGGGCCGUGCGCAACAACAAGCUCGACGUGGUCCGCAUCCUCGUCGACCAUCAUUGCAACGUCAACCUCCUCGACAAGAAGGGCAUGACACCGAUCAUCUGCGCCGCGUUUGCCGAGCGUGUGGACCCAGAGUUGCUCAAGUUGCUCGUGGCCAAGGGCGCCAACAUUAACUACCAAAUGAAGUCGAACGGCGACUCGGCACUGCACCUCGCCAUCAAGCACGAGAAGCAAGAAACCGCGAUUUCCCUCGUGAGCUGCGGCGCCAACAUCAUGUGCACCAACAAUGCGAGUUUCCGAGCGAUCGACAUUGCCACCUCGACCGCGCUGCAAUUCGCCAUCAAGUCGGCGGCCGGGCACCGCGAUGUGAUGAUCAGCUACACGCAUUCGCACGCCGAGUUCGCGCUCAAACUGCGCAAGUCGCUCGAGGCGAGCAACAUCACCGCGUGGCUCGACACCAUGGACCCGAGUGGCAUUGGCGGCGGGUCGGUCUGGCGCGAAGAGAUUGCGAAAGGCAUUGCGAACGCGACGCUUCUUGUCGCGAUCCUCACCGACGACUACACCAAGUCCGAGUGGUGCUUGAAGGAGCUCGCGUGCGCCAAGCAAGUGGGCACACCGGUGUUGCCCAUCUCGACCGAGCACGUGCGCUUGAACGAAGAGCUGCAAGUGUACCUCUACACGCGGCAGAUUGUGCCGUUUGAGCCUGCGAUCACGGCCAUCAACAAGAAAAACCCGCGCAGUAUCACGUACGCGUACAACGACGACGCGUACAACACGCAGUUCCGCCUCCUCCUCGACGGGAUCCGCGACGAGGUCGAGAAGAAGCGCAAGCAAGUGGCGCUGCGGCCCAUGGAGACCCUGAGCCCGACGAACGGCGGUGCGUUCGAGAACCACAGCCUUGCGUUUGGCUUGAGCAGCCCGAGCGGCACGAGCCCGAGCACGUUUCAGGACACCAAGUUCGUGUUCAUCGCCCACGGCGACUGCCACCGCAACUUUGUCAAGCGCCUGUACCACGAGCUCACGACGACGCAAGGCGUGCCUGUCUACCUCGACCUCAAGACCAAGAACGACAUGGCGGCGCGGGUGCAUGCGGCGAAAGAAGCGAUGCUGCGCUGCGCGUGCGUCAUUGUCGUGCUCUCGAGCAAGAGUGCCAAGAACGAGAUGCUCAACGACCAGCUCGCCUUCGCCGAAGACAAGGGCAAGCCGAUCUUCCCGGUCGUGCUGCACACGGAGUUUACGGCCCUGCCGCCCAACCAAAUGUACUCGCUCUCGCGCGCGCCGAUGCAUCAUUUUGCGCUGGACCUCGGGUUCACAACGUCGUUCGACCAGCUUUUGCACGACCUCCGCCCCCACGUUGCAGCCGAACGCCCAAGCCUCGUGAACGACGACGACGAUGACUAUGGCAUUGUGUAA